AAUGGUAGUUAGAGCAGUUUUUAUUCUUAAUUUAAACUGCAAUAAGUUGCUAUACUAUAAGAAGUUUGAAACAGUUGAAAAGUUAUGCGAAGAGAGAUUAGGAAAAGAUUUUGUAGCACUGCCAAAUGGGGAGGAUCUUGAGAGAUCUGUUAUACAUUUAUUAGAUUUAGAUAAAAUUACUGAAAACGAUCUAGCAGAAAAAGAUUCUUGUUUAACAGAAGAUCAAAAGCCACUUUUUAGACUUAAAACGGAAGAAGGUUACAUUUGGCCUCUAGCUAUAAUCGUUCAAUUUAAUUUAUUAUACGGUUGUGUUGGUGUUUGCGAUAAUGAUGGACCAGAAAUAUUCGGAGAUUUAAAUAACGGCAGUAUCUCUGAAAGUCUUUCUCUAUUAGCAUCGGCGGCAGAAUUUCUAGGUAAUCCACCAAACAAUGUGGAUCAACAACCAUGUUGGAGAAAUAUUGGAAAGAAAGGAGUAAAUAAUUUGGACUUUAUUCUCUCUGAAAAUAUAAAAUACGUUCAGUAUGAUAAAUUAAAUCUAAGAGACGAUUGGAUAGUUUACGGAAGUUUGUCAGUUCAAGGAGAUAUUAGCGAUUCUUUUAAUCCAGAAGUUUCAAUAACUAUAAUUAAUAAGAAUUAUUCAAGCGAAAAUGUAAUUGAUUCUCUAACAACACAUCCAAAUAUUAAAUCAGUAGAAGACACUAAUAGAGAACGCGAUGGUAAAUUUACUAAAAAGUUAAAAUUCAGUCUACCAUCGCAGCCAUUACUUCCAAUUUGUAAUUAUAGUUGCACUUAUAAUGUUAUUGAACCUCCUAUUUUGGCAUUCUACAAAGCUAGAGGAAAAGAAAAUGUUGAAUUUAUAUUACAAUUAAAGAUAUCUCAGCGAAUGAAAAAUAAUUUUGAACUAUUAGAACUUCGUUUUCCCUUCUUUCAUAGAGGUUCUAUCAAAGAUUCUAAUAUUAAUUGUUCUCAAGGUCAAUAUACAAUAAGAUCUAAUGUUCUUUUAUGGAAUGUUGGUAAUAAAAUAAAUAAUAAACAACUUGAAGCCUUUAUAAAGGGAAAUUUGAAUUUUGCUAAAUAUGAAUAUAACAUUAAUCAAGAGCAAUUUUGUAUUGAGAACAAUUGUUACGCGCAGGCCACAUAUAAAAUCAACGAUUAUACUGCCAGUGGUUUGAUGGUCGAUAAAGAUAGCUUUAACGUAACGCCACCUGUUAAAGUUAAAACAUCUUUUAAUAGAGGGUUUUCAUCUGUAGAACACAAAAUCUGGAAUUCUAAAGGAGAUGUCCCACACUGUUUUACGGCACCUGAUGAACUUACUCAAUAA